AUGGCAGCACUGGCCACUCCGGCCACUUCUGCCGCGCUGGUGUCCGAGAUGAUGGCGCAGGGCCGCAAGUCUGCCGCUGCCCUCGAGGCCCUUCUCCAGGUCCAGGACCACACCGGGAUGCUGGAGCUCACCGCCGAGAUCAUCGGCUGCUGCGACCGCGCCCUCGCCGUCCUCCACGGCAAACCUGCACGCCGGCAUAAGCGCAAGCCGGCCCCCCACGGCGGCGCAGCCACUCAGACAAAGCCCAAAACAAGGACGCGCGCGAGCAGCGCAGAGCCGACGAGGGUGGAGAGGACGAGGAGCUGGGACGACGGCUUCAUGUGGACCAAGUACGGGAAGAAGCACAUCCAGGGCAACGACCACCCGAGGCACUAUUUCAGGUGCGCCUACGCGCUCCACGCCGGCGGCUGCCCAGCCACGAGGCAUGUCCAGCGAUCCCAGGAGCACGACCCUCCCAUCUAUGUCCUCACCUACUUCUCCGGCAACACCUGCUGUCGCGCGGUCACCAUCGCCAAGGACGUCAAGAUGCAGCCGCCGCUCGUCCUCGACUUUGGGUCGGCGGCCGCACCGAGCAGCCGCUCGCUUUGUUGGCUCAACCACGGUGAUGUUUGGGGUGAGAGUGAGCCCUCACGCUUGGAGGAGCUCCGAGCUGAGGUGACCAGUGUUGAGUCAACGCCAUCGUCAGACUUGCUGCCCGCAGGGUUGUUGCCGCUGCCCCGUGCUACUGCCUCCGUUCAACUGGUCGGCUGGCGCACCAUCAGCUCCAUUGCCGCAGCCACAGAGCACCAUGCUGUAAUCUUGGAGAGGCAACAAACGGGAAGUGGAUGGGGUGGAGGCGAGGGGAUGUGGAGGAGGGCCGGAAAAGUGAGCACCUUGGCCGGAGAUGUGGAGGAGGGUGAGGAGAUGGGGUGGAAGUGCUCGCCUGAGAUGUGCGCAGCGGCGGCGCCGCACAGAGGAAGAGGAGGGAUAGGGAAAGAGCGAUUUAGGGUUAGGCUGCGGCCGGUGGUGGUGGCGCAGCUGAGCUCGUCGACAGAUGACGCCCGUUGCUGCUCUUCCCCUGCUGCAUGGGACCCAUCGGCCGCCAAUUGGGAGUACUUCGGGAACAACUCGUCGGAUUAUGUAAGAGAGUUCUUCGAUUUCGAAGACGCUGUCUUGUACCAAUAG